UUCCCACGACUUACCCGGGGCUCAUUAAUCACAACUUCUACUCAAGUUGACUGCCGACCUCACCCGAAAGACUCCAGAUUUUCCCAGCACUGCCACAACACAAAUACACCGAACGCUCACCUCCCUCUUUUCCUUCUCACCCGAGAAAUCCAGAUGCUCACGUCUAUUAAUUACUCUCUUUUAACAGCAUCCCAACUUCUCCUUCAAUUCUUUUCACAUUAUAAUGGCCUUCUCCCAUUUUCUGAGCGUCUCCUAAGCUUUCCCACUUCUAACUUAUAAAGUAUCAAACGCGACUUUCUAUUUUUCUGUAUAGCUCUUCCAUAUCACAAGGUUUGGUCUUGGCUACCGCCAUGGAAAAUAUAUUUCUUGCUUGUUCUUGCUUUUGAGGUUUUGUUCUCGCUAUGUCUUCCAUAUCACAAGGUUUGGUCUUGGCUACCGCCAUGGCUAUCUCUAGCACAGCCCUGUUUCUUGCUUAUUGUAGGCAGAAGUCUUUCCCACCGACCCAGAUUUCCGAAAAUCAGGAUCCCCAGCACCCGGAAAAGCAAAUUCUACGUUCUUGCUUAUAUUCAGAGGAAAAGAAAAAGGAGAGAAAGAAGAAGAAAGUGCAAUUUGCAGAGGAUGUGAAGGACCCAAGUGGGAAUGGCGACAAAUACAGGAAGGAGCAAACGAAACCGAGCAAAGCUGAAAUGGAUUGCAGAAACAAAAUCCGGGGAGUUCGUGGAAUGCCAGAGAAUCGGAUUGCUUUGUACAAUGGAAUUCUCAAAGACCGUGUGCAAAGAAUGCAGUGUUCAUAUUGAUGAGUUGUAAACUUCUUGGAUUUUCUGGUAUGGCUCUCACAAGAAGAAAAAUCUUGGUUUUCUUGUGGUUUGUAAAUACUUGGGCUCUGUCCAACUCAUCGUUUUUACAUUUAAAAAAAAAAA